UCAUUCGGACCCCGGAGUCAACCACGACCGCACAGCUCGGACGUGUAAACUCUCUCAAUUGAAUCAUCAUUCAGAAACCCGUUUAUUUGAAAGGUUAAAAAUAAAUAAAUCAGUUAGGGUCUUCGCCGUCGCACAGGCGGACUUUCCUCCCUGCGAGAAGCUGAACGCACGCGUUAGUUUAUUUUGAAAGUUGGAUUUAAGCGGAGUCUCCUGAACUGGGAGGAAAUAUCGUCUGGCAGAUGCUGCCCAGAGGAUGAACACUACUCAUUGGAGACAUCAGCGGAAUCCGGGGCAGCCAACGGCAGUGUGGCGAGCGUAGAUAACCCCCCCCCACCCCCUCUCCCCUUAUGAGGUGAAAACCCUUCCCCGUCCUGCAGUAUCCCCUCCCAGCAUCAGCAGCAGGAACAAGGGAUGUCACGGCUGUUUCUCUUUUCGGCACUGCUCAUUGUCUCCUGCAGCAUUGAGGUGUCUCUUGCUGCUUCUCUGGAUAAGCUGAAGGAGAGUUGGAAGUUGUACAUGGAGGAGUGUGAGCGCAACAACAGUCGAGACCCGCCAAGCACUGGCCUUGUGUGCGAGAGGGAGUUUGACAAGUACGCCUGUUGGCCUGAUGGACUCCCGAACACCACCGUCAGUGUGUCGUGUCCUUGGUAUCUGCCGUGGUACAAUAAAGUUCAACACGGCAUGGUGUAUCAGGAGUGUGAUGCUAAUGGCCAGUGGGUGACAAUGAAGAACACCAGCGAGUGUGACUCUAAUGAUCCAAGUCUGCAGUACUAUGGCCAUAUUCGGGUUAUGUACACCGUGGGAUAUUCCUUAUCGCUGGUGGCUUUGGUGUUGGCGCUUGGCAUCCUCAUAUUCUUCAGGAAACUGCACUGCAUGAGGAACAACAUCCACAUGAAUCUAUUUGCCUCCUUCAUCCUGCGAGCCCUGUCUAUCCUCAUCAAAGACGCUCUGCUGGAGGCCAACAUCACGUCACAGGACCUCAGCAGUGACCAAGAGCAGGGCUUUCCUCAGGCAUCCAUGCCUCCAGUGGAGCUGCUGGUAAACAACGAGACGGCGGUUAACUGUCGCAUCGCCAUGGUGAUGAUGCAGUACAGCAUCAUGGCCAACAGCUACUGGCUGCUGGUGGAAGGCAUCUACCUCCACAACCUCCUGGUCAUCACUGUGUUUACGGAGAGGAACUACUUCAAAAUAUACCUGUGCAUUGGCUGGGGUACCCCGUUAAUAUUCCUUGUGCCCUGGGUGAUGGCGAAAUACCUAUAUGAAAAUCAGGAGUGCUGGGGGCAGAAUAUAAACAUGAAUUAUUGGUGGAUCAUCCGCUCCCCGAUACUGUUGGCCGUCGUGAUCAACUUUCUUAUCUUCAUCCACAUCAUCAAAAUCCUUGUGUCGAAACUUCGAGCGCACCAAAUGCGAUACACAGAUUACAAAUUCAGGUUGGCCAAGUCCACUCUAACCCUGAUUCCUCUGCUGGGCAUCCAUCAGGUGGUCUUCAUCUUCGUCACGGACGAGUCCACAAAGGCCACCAUCUCCCUGCGUCUCGCCAAGCUCUUCAGUGACCUUUUUUUCUCCUCCUUCCAGGGUCUCUUGGUGGCCAUUUUGUACUGCUUUGUCAACAAGGAAGUGCAGUCAGAGAUCCUGAAGAAGUGGAAGCGCUGGAAGCUAGGGAGGAACAUCGAGGAGGAGUACCGCCACACCUACAGCAACACCCACAACACCAAGACAGCCAGCCUGUUGAACCAUGUCUCCCGGCUGCCCCACCUCCCGGACAUCGGCAAAAGCUCGUCCCCCGUCUGCAGCCCCGAGGAGACGCGCAUGCUCGUGGCCGGGUGCGACAACGGCGCCGCCGGCGGCAAGGGGGCAGGUCAGUGCGCCUCGCCUGCUCACGAGGGAACCGCCAGCAACUGCACCCUCCUGGAGGACAUCAGCCUCACGGACAGGGCGCAGCGUUACGAGGGUCAGAGGGAGAACGUGGAGAGCCACCUGUGAGAGGCGCUGGGAAACGUGAACUUUAUGAGGGAGGGGGGAGCCCGUCGGGCUCUCGUCUGACACCCCCCCCCC